AUGUCUUCCCCGGAACUGGUCCCACAAACCGAGUCCAUCGCCGAGGUUUAUGCCACUGACGAUGCCUCCGUCAACUCGGUUGCGCCGGAGCACCAGCAGCGCUGGUCUGCUCUCAUUCAGCAAUUCUACAAGCAAUAUAACCACCGUCCCGAUUUUGUCGCUCGCAGCCCUGGUCGUGUGAACAUCAUCGGCGAGCACAUUGACUAUUCUCUCUACGAUGUCCUACCUACCGCCGUCAGUGUUGACGUGAUUAUGGCCGUCAAGGUCACCCCCGCUGCCGCCUCCGGCACCACCAUCAAGAUUGCCAAUGUGAACCCGGAAAAAUUCCCCACGCGCGAAUUCUCCGUACCCCACGAUUCCGACAUCGAGAUCGACCCCAAGAAGCAUGAAUGGAUUAACUACUUCAAGGCCGGCCUGCUUGGCUCCUUGAAGUUCCUGCGCAAAGAAAAACCCGAUGGCACACUCGUCCCCGCCAGCAUGGAGAUCCUGGUCGACGGAAACGUUCCCCCCGGUGGUGGCAUUUCCAGCAGUGCUGCUUUCGUCUGUGCCUCUGCGCUGGCCGUCAUGAAGGCCAAUAAUCACAAUGUCUCCAAGCAGGAUCUAUUGGAUCUGGCUGUUGUUUCGGAGCGCGCAGUCGGUGUGUACUCUGGCGGAAUGGAUCAAGCUGCCUCCAUCUUUUCCAAGCGCGGAUACCUCCUCUACACCCAGUUCUACCCCGCCUUCAAGGCCGAGCAUGUUCCCAUUCCCACUGCCGCCGACGAAAUCACCUUCCUCAUGGCCCAGAGCUUCGUCACGUCCAACAAGGCCGACACUGCUCCCUGCCACUACAACCUGCGUGUGGCAGAGUGCACCCUCGCUGCCGUGAUCCUGGCCAAGAACUUCGACCUCACCCUCCCCAAGGACAACAGCUCGCUUGGCUACAGUUUGCGCAACUUCCAAAACCAACUAAUGACCAAGGAAGGCCGUCUGGGCGAUCCUCUCGAGUACCAGAUUGACUCCGUUAUCCAGGCCACCCAGGACCUCUUUACCAAGGAGGAGGGCUACACACGCGAGGAGAUGGCCCAGCUCCUCGGCACCACAGUCCCGGAGCUGGAGUCCAAGUUCCUCUCCGCAUUCCCUGUCCAAGCUGAUCGUUUCAAGCUGCGCCAGCGUGCUCUGCACUGCUUCAAGGAGGCGCGCCGGGUAUUAGAUUUUAAGGCUUGUCUUGCCAAUGCGUCCAAGCUGGAUGAGAAGCGCAUUAAGUACCUGGGUCAGCUUCUGAACGAGUCGCAGCAGUCUUGCUUCGCUUCAUACGAAUGCAGUGCUCCCGAGGUGGAUGAUAUCUGUGCUAUCGCGCGACGUGCGGGCACAUGGGGUAGUCGUUUGACUGGUGCUGGCUGGGGUGGUUGCACCGUACACAUGUUGCCCCAGGGCAAGGUUGAGGCAGUGACGACUGCCCUGCGCAACGAGUACUACCUGAAGAAGUUCCCCGAUAUCAGCCCCGAGAAGCUGGAACAGGCUAUGGUUAUCAGCAAGCCUUCCAAUGGCUCAUUUGUGAUUGCCGGCGCUGCUAUUGAUGGAGUUGCUCUUUGA